AUGACACAUCUGGAAGUCUGUUGCCAGAUUUGCGGCGUUAGCUUCAACAUCGGCCGCUACCCAACCAAGGGUGAAGCCACGGCAAAGAUUCCUGAUACGCAGUGGUUACGGAAUACUCAAGAAUUGCGUGCUCAGGCAAAAGGGACAUGUGGGAAAGGCUGUCAUCUAGCUAAUCUCAUAGAGACCCCCUCCGAUUCAGACAUCCGUCAACUCGUUGUCGAAUCUAUGGAGCCCAUCUCGAAGGUGAAAUGGCGGCGCUACACUUCAGACGAGCAGCAUAUUUCUGGGCCCGCAUGCUCCAAACCUGGCGGUUACAGUGGCUACACCAUAACUACAGAGGAGAUUCGAGGGUCUUGUACAUUCCAAUGCUUUGUUCCUAAGCCAAGGCGACGACAGUUGCUAAUGAGGCUGGUCAAUACCAGAGAGUCCGUGCCGGAUCAAGACUUCUAUCUCAGUGGGAUAUCAGACAUCAUGCCAAGUCAAGGCUAUGUGUAUAGCACGUGGCCCCUUGGUCGAGAAUUGCCUGGCCUCCUUUACGCCAGGAAUUGGUUCAGCAACUCAGAAGAUGCAGAGAAGGCUGCGAUGCCGUUUCAUCCCACCUGUCUUGAAGUUUUCAGACGGGUAUCUGCGUUCUAUCGAGCCGACAUCGACAACCAAAGCCUCAUGGAUUGGUAUCGGCUUGAGGCAAAAGACGAAAGGCACUACCAUGAAUUUCCACGGCAUCCUUUAGUGAGAAAGGCCCAGCGAUACUGGCAGAAUGGGCAGGACCAACUCUGGCUUCAUCUCUCAGCUAGUGAAUUCCUAGCAGCAAACUCUUGCUUUGUGCCAGCCCUUCCAUCUAUAAUCGCCUCAGUAACCGUUAAUCAAACCGUCCUUUCGAAUUAUUUUCAUAUCAGCCCAGCCGCUCCCGGUGGAGGUCAAAGUAGCGACUCUCUGAGUCGUCUCCCCAUGGAAAUCCGCCUUCAACUUGCUAGUUUACUCAACGCUUCUGACUUUGCAAAUCUACGACUAGUCUCCCGAACCUUUCAUAAUCUUCCCCAAUCUUUCUAUCGAGACUUCAUUCAUAGGAAAUGUCCAUGGCUGUGGGAAAUAUGGUGUGAUUAUCCAUACUCAAUCUACGCCAGAUUCGAAAGUUGGGAGCUCAGAUUGAGAGACACGAAUUGGGAAAAGCGUAAAGCGAAACUUGAGCGAGAUAUUCGCAGCUUACAAGAUGCUAUUAUAUCAGGCGUCGAUUCUGAACUGAACCUCCCUAAAAUAAACGGCCUCAGAGAUUGCAUUACUAAAGAGGAGGCCGAGUACAAAGAGUCACGAAAGCCAAUCCCCCCGCAAAAGCUCCCCCGCGGGCCGGACGAGGUGGACUGGUUUGGCUUAUAUUGCACCUUAUCACAUAACUUUGACCAUCUCAAGGGAUUGAGAAACAGGAAGCGCAUUUGGAAAGACUGUGAGGAGAUUGUCCGUCGGAUCAAUAAGUAUCGUGCAGAGGGCCUCAUGAGGCCAGCGGUAUCCGAAUGGCCAGCCUCCAGCUAA